AUGACUAUAUACCACAUUGUUCUGUUCAAAUUCAAGUCGUUAGUGCCGGUGGAAGAGGUCAAUGCGGUCUGUGGCUCUGAGCUAGCCUGGAUUUGGAAGCUUGUUAACACUGAGCAGGCAUGCGAUCGGAUGCUGGCAUUGAAGACGAAUUGUAAGCACCCAGAGACACAGCAAGAAUAUGUGAGGACGUCUAUUGGAGGAAGCAACAACAGCCCUGAAGAUGCGGCAAACGGAUUCACCCACGCUUUCAUCAGCGAGUUCGAGAACGAUCAGGCUCGAAAGUUCUAUUUGGAAAAAGACCCAGCUCACCUCGAGUUUGUCAAGCGUAUAGACAACAUUUUGGAGAAGCAUCAGGUAAUCGAUUUCAGUCCUGGGGUAUUUUGA